UCAGUCGGAAUUAUGUUCUAAGCCUCGAUGGAGUGCCGUUGUGUUCUAGUUCUUCCGAGUCCGAGAACGAAUCAGUCAAUGAGACAGCAUUGGCCAGUCAGUCAAUCAACGGUCGCGUUCACAUAUCGUAAUGGUGGAUUAUCAGCAGCGGGAUACCUUGCAACAGCUACGAGGGCAGUAACAGCAGCAGUUCUAGUUUUGGGGAAAGCGCAGUUUCACGCGAGUGCAGCAUAACUUUUUGAUGUGUGAUAAUAGGAUAUUGAUUUGUGCGCGACCUCCACCACGAACCAUUGAGGGAGCGCGUCAGAGUGGGUGGACAGUGUGUGAUGGUGCUAAAUUUUCCCGCCUUAUUGAGUGUUCGAUGUUUGAUGAACUCAACCAACCGACCCGCGUUUCUUAGCACCGUUGCAAAACUAAAUCUGUAGUUUUGUACCGCACAAUGCAGUUUUUGGCGACUAUUGGUUUAAUGAUCCGAAGGAAACCUCGAAAAAUGGCUCUCUUUACAGCACUGACGUUUCUGAUUAUGGGAACGAUUGGUUACAUGGUCAACACAGUAUUCGGAGCAAUGUUCACCAGCGGAAACGAAUCCUCGACGGUCGGCUUGCUGUACCCCGUUGAAUCUGAAACGCGGGAGGUGAAAAAACUGGACGGCAUGUGGAAUUUUCUCCGCGCCGAUACCGAUGAUCCAGGGAAAGGACUGCGAGAAAAAUGGUACAACGACGACCUCAGCAAGGUUCGACCGACCAUUGCGAUGCCGGUGCCAAGCAGCUAUAACGACGUGACGGAAGAUGCCGCCUUGCGGGAUCAUGUCGGUACGGUGUGGUAUGAUCGACGAUUCUUUGUGCCAAAGUCCUGGGGAAGUCAGCGAGUGUUCGUUCGGUUCGGUUCGGUGCACUACGAUGCUAUUGUGUGGAUUAAUAGCCAACAGGUUACCAGGCACGAGUUUGGCCAUUUGCCUUUUGAGGCUGACAUAAGCAAUGUGUUGCACUAUGGUGCAGAAAACCGCAUAACAGUGCUCUGUGAUAACGUUUUGCUGCAAACUACGGUUCCACAAGGGAAGAUAGUGACCCAACCAGUGGACGGCGGCUCGGAGGUCGUGCAAACCUACACCUUCGACUUCUUCAAUUACGCUGGCAUUCAUCGGUCGGUAGCCCUGUACACGGUUCCGCGCGUGUUCAUCCGUGAAGUUGUGGUAAACACCGACCUGACGGGGGACGAAGGUCAAGUUUAUUACUCGGUGGAGAGCAGCGUUAACGCGACCAAUAACCUGCAGGCGACGGUCAAAAUAAUUGAUAAGAACGGAACGGUGGUGGGAGUAGACGUUGCUACGGGGACAAGCCUGAGAGGGGUGGUGAUAGUGAAAAACGUUAAGCCCUGGUGGCCAUUUUUGAUGCACGAGGAUCCGGGCUAUAUGUACACGAUGGAGGUGACGCUUGAGGGAAAAUCGAAUGAGGCUUCCGAACCGGUGGGUGAAAUCUAUGAUGUUUACCGGCUAAAAGUUGGUGUGAGAAUAUUGGAGUGGAAUAGUACAUCGCUCCUGAUUAAUGGGCAAUCGAUUUAUUUCCGUGGAUUCGGUCGGCAUGAAGAUUCCGAUAUACGGGGAAAAGGUCUCGAUUACGCUUUAUUGACGAAAGAUUUUAAUCUCCUUAAAUGGGUUGGAGCAAAUGCGUACCGGACAUCCCAUUAUCCUUAUUCCGAGGAGAGCAUGCAAUUUGCUGAUGAGCAUGGAAUUAUGAUUAUCGAUGAGUGCCCCAGCGUUGAUACGGAGAGCUAUUCUCAAAUCCUGCUAGAAAAGCACAAAUUCAGUGUGGAACAAUUAAUCCAUCGAGAUCGCAAUCAUCCUAGUGUGGUGAUGUGGUCCAUCGCCAACGAACCUCGUACCAAUCAGAUGGCAGCGGAUGCAUAUUUUGAAGCUGUCGCGAAAUACACUCGCGAGCUGGAUCCUUCCCGACCAGUAACGGCAGCCAUUGCCGUUGGAGUCGAUGACGAUAAAGCGGCCAAACAUUUGGACAUCGUCAGUUUUAACAGGUACAACGGAUGGUAUCAAAAUGCUGGCAAACUGAACAUGAUCACCAAUCGGGUGAUGGAGGAAGCGCAUGCAUGGAACACCAAACAUAAUAAACCUGUGCUGAUGUCCGAGUACGGAGCAGAUACCAUGGAGGGCCUUCAUCUGUUGCCGGCUUACAUCUGGUCCGAGGAUUACCAAUCGCAAGUAUUCAGCCGCCACUUCCGUGCCUUUGAUAGGCUUCGGCAGGAAAAAUUCUUCAUCGGAGAAUUCGUGUGGAACUUUGCCGAUUUCAAAACUGCUCAAACGUACACCCGAGUGGGUGGCAACAAGAAGGGAAUCUUUACACGCAAUCGGCAACCGAAGGCUGCGGCUUAUCUGUUGCGCCAGCGAUACCACGCGUUGGCCAAAGAGCACAACAAGAGUCUGGCCCUGCCGGAGGACCUCUUCCUGUACACGGCGACCGAUAGUGAGCAAACAGCUGCUGUGAAAGGUGAACUUUGAAAAUGUCUUUUCGGCUGUCUUCACACCGUAGCGCAACUAGAAGUGUUCGAACAUAUUGUAAAUAUAUUUUCCUACAGUUUAGUAUUAAAGAUGAACGGUGAAGUUAGGAGUUUAAAAGAAGAA